AUGUUCUGUCUUUGUGGAUUGAGAAAAGAAAACAAUGAAUAAGAACAUGCAUAAAAUUCACAACGAACUACUCUUUAAUCUAAAAUGAAAUUAGAUAAUUAUGGUAGUAAAAAUAGUAUGAACAUUACUCAAGACUGCAAUAGAGUCAGUCAAGAAUACACUGAUUUUUUAUGUGAGUACGAUAAAAAUUACUAAGAAAAGUCUUAUUUUUUUGAUGAUUAUGAACGUUCCCCUUACAAAAAACAUGAAGUAGCAUAUUUAAUGAUUAAAUAAAGGAAUCAAAAACCGAUUCUGAAGAAUCUAUGUUAAUGCAUUAAGGAGAUGGGUUAUUAGUGAAAUCAAUCAAUGUUAAUCAAUAAUCCAUCACUAAAUUGAAAGAUACAUUCACAGCAUUUAUCAUGAGAAUCCUCUAUGAUAUUAAGUCUUUCUAUGAUGUACUUAAAUUUGAUUUGUAUUUAAAUAGAUUACUCCUAUUUAGGAAGUCAAAUUUGUAAAAUCACUUGUGCCAAAUAUCAUAACUGAGUUAACUUAUCGAAGAGUCAAGAAUGAUAAACUAUUGAUUGCUCAUGAUCCAACUGGAAGUUUCUUGCUUAAACAUCUGUCCUCCAGUCAAUAGGUAUAUUUCAUAGAAGAAACUCAAGUCUUUAGACCAAUUUUAGAAAAAGGAAUUGAAGUUUUGAACUGUCAAAAUAAGAUACAUUUUAUAACUAAAUCUGAUAUCACAGCAAAAUUAGAUACUGCUAUUGUGAGUAAAAUAAGCUAUUUAUGUUUUUAGAUUUGCUAUCUCUUCAUGAUAUUCCUAUAUACAGCAUAAUUUAGGAAUACUUGGAUUUGGCACAUGAUCUUAUUCUAAUCCUUUCUCCUAAAUUAGAGUAUCAUGAGAUGAUAUCAUAGUUGAGGUAAGGAAUUAAGAAUAGUGCACAAUCACAUAUCUACUGUAGUGUAGAAAUUCAGUCUAUUUAUGAAUAAAAUAAGAUAGUAGCCUUUAUUGUUUAUUAUGGCGAUAUAUCAGAAAUAAAGUAAAAUUAAUAAUUACAUUUUCUAUAUAAAUGCAUAUCCAAGACAAUUCAAAAAACAUUUAAAUAUAAAGUAUUCUUGAAAAAUCUAAGGAGUCAAAUUGGAGUGAUGAAAUUGGUUGACUUAUUUUCUCUCUAUGGAUUAUUAUUUGAUAGUUCAGAUGAGAAUUUUAAACGCUUUUAUAAGCAAAUUAAGAAAUAAUAUUUUCCAAAAAUUAAAUCUUAAAAAUUCAUAUAGGUUGAUAGCAGUAAAUCAUCUACUGAAUCUGAGAGUGAUGGAAUUCAAGAGAUAGAAUCUACUAAUUCACUUUUUACUGAAAUCAAAUUGUAUAGUAAAAGUGAAUCUAUUCAGAUGUCCAAUUAUAUUUAUGUACACUUUCAUUCAUAAAACAGUUAGAAAUCAACACAAUAUGAAGAACAAAUUUAAAUCAGUCAAUGA